GUUAUCUUAUUAUAAAACGAUGUAUUAAGUUAUAAUUAAAUAAUUCAAAUAAGUUAUAAUUAAAUCGAAUUGUAAAUAAAUAGAAAGUGAUUGACAAAUUCUUUUUCUAGUCGUAACAGUUUCUGAGAAUAUUGAGAUAAAUAUUUAGUUCAGUUGAUAUAUUUGAACGCUACCAUAUUGUGAAUUUUUCAUUUCUAAGCCAUGGCUAAGUGGGGCGAAGGAGAUCCAAGAUGGAUUGUUGAAGAAAGGCCUGAUGCUACUAAUGUAAAUAACUGGCAUUGGACGGAGAAAAAUGCUUGUUCUUGGUCCCAAGAGAAAAUAAAGGAACUAUUUACCAAUAUGAAAAUGGAAGGAGAUGAUGUUUCUUGUACAGUAGCAGAAGUAGAGAAAUGUGAAGGUGAGGCAAUGGCAAAUAAUCGAAAAGGUAAAUUAAUUUUCUUUUACGAAUGGAAUAUUGUUUUGAAAUGGAUGUCCAAUAAAAAAUCUGAUAAGAAGAUUGAGGGUAAAAUAAACAUUCCAAACCUCUCUGAGGAAAACAAUAUUUCUGAAGUAGACAUUGAAAUUACUUUGGAAGAUAGCACAGAUGAAGGUGAAGCAGUAAAACAUUUCCUACAUACAAAAGGAAAGGAAUUUAUUAGAGAUAAAUUGAAAAAAUAUGUUUCUUCCUUAAAAGAAGAAUUUACAGUUGGAAUGAUUUUACCUAAGAAAGAUAGCGUAAAAGAAAAUAUUUCAAAUAUCACUUCCGGAUUCAAUGCAAAAAUGCAAAUGAGCUCUACUAUAUUAUCAUCAAAUAAUAAAAAGGAAUUAGGCUGUAAGAUUUCAACGACGACAAUUAAGCAACAGCAGAAAUUUCAGUGUAGGGCCGAAGAAUUUUAUAAAGCUUUUAUGACAUUUGAGAUGGUUCAAGCCUUUACAAAGGGACCGGUAGUACUCGAACCAAAGAAAGAAGGAAAAUUUGAAUUGUUUGGUGGCAAUAUACAUGGUUAUUUCGUGGAUAUAACGCCAACAAGAAUUGUUCAAAGAUGGCGCUGUAAACAAUGGCCCGAAGGCCAUUUUAGCGAUGUUACUAUUGAUAUUUGCGAAAAAAGUGACCAUACCGAAGUUAAUUUAACACAAGUUGGAGUACCAGUCAGUGAGGAAGAAUCUACAAGAGAAAAUUGGGAAAGGUAUUACUGGGAUGCUAUAAAACGUACAUUUGGAUUCGGUUAUUUCAUGUGA